AUGAAUUCUAACAACUACGUCCAACCUCAUCUUCCACUCAUUAAUGCACGCAUAUAUUUCGAAGUCCCCUCUCCUGUAAUUCUGGCAAGGACCGCGUUCUACCCUCGUCGGCCAAGCGAUAGCCCUUCCGAAGAAUCGUCGCUGCCGCCUUCUCGUGAUUGUUCAGAGACUCCAGGAGAAGGCGACGAGCCCCAAUCUCUGGCAGGUGUAAAACGUUGCAUCCCAAGCGAUGCUGCCAUUGUGGAGUCGCAAGUAAUCUCCCGAGAUCAGUCCGUGGAGUCGAACGUUCCGUCUAUGAAUCUGAGGAGUCAGGCAAUGGCAGAACGCAGCAUUUCUUCCAGGGAUGUUUCCGUAGAUUCGAGCUGUGCAUCCGAAGAGGGAGACACAAGCGUUGCAUUUGAGGAUCAAUCGCCCACAGUUUCUCGUGCACCGUCCGCAGUUCCCAUUUCCAGUUCACGUUCAUCAGAACGUUUGAUGAGGCGUCGUCAGCUGAAAAAUCAAACACCUCCCUUUCAGGCACUCUCCCCUGAGGUAAUUCCGAAACCUGCCGGGGAACCCAGUCGGCGGACAAAUGGAUAUCCAUUGAAUAAGACCCUGGCAAAAUGCGGCUGGUCACAUAGCGACAUAUUAGCUUUCCGAGAACAAGUCAAGGUGGUGACCAAGGCUACUAUCGAUGUCAAUAAGAACUACAAAAGUCAGGAUAAAGACGAGUUGAAGAAAAUAUGCGAGGAGGACCAAAAUCAAGCCAAGGCAACUAAGUCGGACGCAAAGCGCAUCCUGGAAGCAGCACUGGAGAACCUCGAGAAGGAUGAUAAAUGA